AUGGGUACUAAACUUCGGGGCAGCCGCCUCGAGGCCGAAGUCGACCGGGCGCGGACCGAGGGCAACUGGCGCCGGGUCACCGAGCUGCUCGAUUCCGUAAAGCACAAGAGCUCCGGUAUGGGUUUUAUGCAGGAGGUCCUAGAAGCCGAAACUAAACUCGAGCCCUACAUCGAGCAGCUGGCUGAAAACCUGAAACCGCGCAAAGAAAAUAUCCCGUUUUUCAAGGCAGCCGUUGAGUUGCUGAACGAAGCUAUUCAUGAACGAAAGGCCUUUCCUAACGUCCAGCUCGAAGCCCAUUUAUUGCUGGCCAAAAUCAACUACUUCUCUGCAAAUCCGGAAGAAGCUAUAAAAAUAAUCGAGAAAUCGGGCAUGGAUUCGGCAAAUACGCAAUUCCGUACUUUGCGAGCCUUGAAGUUGGUGGCAGAAGCUUAUUCGAUCAAAGGACUAGCCUACGAAACGGUGGAAGGGCAAGAUAACAAGAAGUCGAUCGUCUGUUUCAAGCAAGCCGCCGAAUUGGUGAUGUCCUACGUCGGCGAGCUGGAGAAGUCUAUAUUCGGGCCGCCAGCGAAUAAUGCAGUCAGAUCUGUCUCCUCGACUAGUACACCGACCUCGGCGCCAGUAGCGAAAACUACUGAAAAAAUGGGUGAUUUGCUGGAGUGCACCUUGGAACGUUUCGCCUCGCUGAAGCUGCGUGGUACGCUUGUCGACGGCUUUUUCACGGAACAGGGCGUCGAAUGGUAUCGGAGAAUCAUCAGCGGUCUCGGCGACAAGUCCGUUGGCGAGAAGCUGCAACAAAAAUUAUCGUUGCAACUGGCUGAGAUCCUCUACAGAAGUAUCCCGGUGCACACACUACACUCUGAGACGGUAUCGCAGAAAAAUAAAAGUCUUGGAUUUUACACCGGCUCUCAGCGGGGUUACUUCUCGCCGACUUCAAAAAUUGAAGAAAUAAUUUUGUUGUUGCUGGUCACUGAAGUUCUUGCUACGAGGGACGUCGUUUUGAGCCGAUCCGCGGAACUGGCCACCUCUCGUGACGAAUCGCUCCGAAACGCCAAGUCCGUCUACAACUUGCUGACGAUCGUGCUCUCCUCGCUACGGCAAUAUCAGCUAAUGUCAAAGACGUACGAGCGAGCCGUCAAGGUGGCCAGCGACGAUAAACACAUUUGGUUCCAAUUCGCGCUGAUCGAAUACUCGCAAGGGCAACAUCUCAAGGCGUCGCGGAUCAUCGAGAACUGUUUGUUGGAAGGGGAGCAUGAAGAUAAGGCAGAUGACGAUCUGGCCUGUAAGUACAUGUUUGCCGCCGUAAUCUACCUGCGAUACCUGGAGCAAUAUGAGAAAGCGGAGGAGCUGGCAAUUCAUGCGGCCAAAGUUUCUGAUUGUAUGUAUUUGCGCGAGCGUGCUCAUCUUCUUCAGGCGAUCGCCAUCGGCCAGCUGGCUCAAGAGCCGAGCUUCGUGGACAGCCAACGCAAGCAACUCCAAAAGAGCAUCGACAUUCUGGAACGCUGUGUGGAGGCGGACCCUCACGACUAUUUGGCCGUGUACUAUUCUGCUCUAUAUUAUGCCAACGCCCGAAUGAUCGACAAGGCGAUAGAUCGGUGCAGCCAUUGUCUAGACAUCAACCCCGAUCAGCCCGCUGCCAUGAUGCUUCUCGCAUUGCUGCUGACGUGUGGCGGGGAUCAUAAAUUGGCCCUGCAACAUAUCAUCAGCUCAUUGCGGCAAUACCCAACAAAUUAUGGGCUUCUGACGAUUCGAUUGCAUUUGGAGAAGCAUUAUGGCAAAGUCGAGGAAGCCAUGUCAACAGCGGCCAGUCUUCUCUUCUGCUGGCAAGAGCAGGAAUUGGUUUUUGAUCGUGAGGACGAAAGACGGUCCCAAACGAUGGAUGCGGCCAGCAUGAAGCGUGCCAGCAGCGUUGCCAGAACAGCAACCGCUUCGCUGGGGCGUGAUGCUAGCACCUACUUUCCUGGCUCACUCGGGCCCCCGGCACCGUCCAUGGUCUCUGCUUACAGCCAAAGCAGCCAGCUGGGUGUCGAUAUGAGCGAUAGUGGUGUCCUAUCGGCAAAUCCGCAUUCUGAAUACGGGUUUUCACGAAAAACUGACUCCUCGGAUCCGAAUUUUGCGGAGGGAUCGUCGCUGAAGGAGGCGAAGGCUGUAGCGGUCGCGAAUAUCCUCGUCACAAUGGUUGAGAUCUACCUCGAUGCUGGAAAGAUAAGUGAAGCUAUUCCCUGUACUGAGCAUAUCGCGCGACAACUGCCCAAAUCGCCGCAACACCGAUAUGCGAUGGGUCGCAUCUUCUUGGAGCGUGGCCGACGUGAGACCCAAGACGUGGCCCUUCGAAAUAAAUACCUAAACGAUGCGAAAACCGCCUUUUCCGAGGCCGUUAUGCUCUGCCCGACGCAUACCGAUGCCCACCUCUACCUGGCGAAAACGCACGAUUUGAGGGGCAGCCGGGAGCUGGCAAAGAACCAGGCCAAGGAACUUGUCACGGUCGCGCCGCUUCGCAACGACUAUUGGAAGUAUUUGGGCGAUUUGUGCAUGGCGUACGGGCACGACGAGGAAGGCAUCGAGGCCUAUCGGAUAGCAAAUGAUUUGAUAAGUACGACACCGAUUCUACCCUUCAACACAAUUCCACUCGUCUUCCCCAACGGCUUCCAC